GUGCUGGACCGCAGCGGGACGGAGAGCAGCAGCUUCAGCAGGCAGCUCGAUCCAUUCACAACACGAGAAAGAGGCUGCGUGUGAUGCCCAGCGGGUGAAUUAUCGACUCCUCAUCUUCAGCCGUGUGACAUGGAUCCAGAUGAGCGCUUAAACCCUGAAACAGAUGACCUUCCCCUCCGAGCUAACACUAACCACAUGCUCGUCAGGCAUUAUGUGCUCGACCUAACAGUUCAUUUUGACCGCAGGGUCGUCAGUGGUAGCAUUGUUCUGUUCCUGGAGGCUUGCGCUGGAAUAAAGACGACAGCAGGCGAUGAAGUUGAAUCUGAAGAGGCUGGAGAGAGUCGGGAUGGACUCACGUCUCAGACUGCAACUGACAAAGACAACAACCAGUCUUCUCAUAACACCAGUGAUUUUACUUUGGUGCUGGACUGUUGUGACAUUGAUGUGACAAAGGUGGAAGAGGUUGACAUCAGUUCUGUGUCAGCCACAUCGGCCCUCCAUUCAGAAAUCGCAUCUGAAAGGUCAGCCGUCCUUGCAGGGAAUCCACAAGCAGCCUUUAUUCAAAAGCUUAUCUCCAUGCCUGCUAGCCAAUGGAAGCGGCAGCACCAGUUGUUCUCGCUGUGCAGCCGUGCUCCCGGCGCUCGAGACGGCAGCUCGCUGCAUUUUCAAAGAGACCGUUGGAGUCUGCAAGUAAGGAAGAAGGGCAUAGCAUCACCUCAGGGGUUCCCUCGGGCCGUCAGGAUCUGCUACGAGACGAGACCUUCGGGAGGGUCAGUGAGGUGGACUGAAGACCAGGACAAGAGGGUGUGUGUUUACACUGCCGGUUCUCCCAUCAACAACCGAGCCCUGUUCCCUUGCCAGGAGCCUCCUGUUGCCAUGUCAACAUGGCAGGCAACGGUGCGGGCCCCCAGUGAGUGUGUGGUUUUGAUGAGCGGGGAAGAGCCGGCUGUACCUAUUGAGGACGGGGACACACACUUUUUAAUAUGGAAUUACUACGUCACUAUGGCCAUGCCUGCGUCCACAUUCACUCUGGCGGUGGGCCACUGGCAUCAAGUUGCAGCAGAAAUUCCCUCAACUGUGGAAAGAGGGGAGAAGGACAGCACAAACUGUGGUGACAUGACUGAACCCAAGACUGAAAGUGGAGAACAGGCCGAGGCCGAGGCUGCGUCUGGACUUGGAAACUCCUCUGGUGAAGCUGUAAAGUUCACUUCACUCCCGACUGGCAGCAGAGACCGGCCCACUCUCCCAGAUUCUGCAUUCUGUUACUCUUCCCUUGAGGAUGAGCCACUCUCUGCAGCCGAUCAUUCAGGCACGGCGUGCGAUGGCAUCUACUGUUCCCAUGGCGACUACCCUUGCCGGUUUACCAUGCGAUCGGCCUGGACCCAGCGGGUGAUUCCACACCGUGUGUUCAGUCCCGUCUGCCUGCUGGAGAAGGCCCAGACGGUCCUCAAGCUGUUACCUCAAUGUUUGGACGCAGCCUACACCGUUUUGGGGGUUCACCCGUUUCCCCGCCUUGAUGUUGUUAUCGUCCCUGCAGGGUUCUCCAGCCUGGGCAUGGCCAGCCCCCACAUCAUUUUCCUGUCCCAGAGCGUGUUGCCUGCCGGGAGGCUCAGUCCUGACGAGAACAGCCUCUCUCUCUGCGGGUCCCGGAUUUGCCAUGAGAUAGCUCACUCCUGGUUUGGCCUGGUGAUCGGAGCCAGAGACUGGACCGAGGAAUGGAUCAGUGAGGGCUUUGCCACGUGCCUGGAGGACAUCAUCUGGGCCCACGCACAACAACUUUCUUCCGAAGAGACAAUACAGCAGUUUGACCUGAAGGCGCUUCUGAGGUGGAGGCGACUUUCUGAUGAGCUGCAGAACUCUAAAGAGGAACUUCAGAUCCUCAGGCCCAACACGGAGAGGACCGGCGAGGUCAGUGACUCCGGCUCGUCUACAGUUAAACACGCCCUCAACCCUGAAAAAUCCUUCAUGCAAGUGCACUACCUCAAGGGCUAUUUCCUCCUCAGGUUCUUGGCCAGUCAAGUGGGAGAACAACAGUUCAUCGAAUUCUUCAGAUUAUUUGUCAAGAAAUACCACGGGCAACUCAUUCUGUCUCAGGAUUUCCUGCAAAUGUUGCUGGUUACCUUUCCCGACAUAGAGCGAAAAGGCCUCACCCUCAGUGCUAUUUACGCUGACUGGCUCGAUCGACCGGGAAUUCCAGAGUGGCUGUAUGAAAGGAGCGCCGUGUGGUCACAGGCAAGGCUGGUGGAAGAAGUCAAAGCAGAGGUUGUAAAAUGGAUUCUCCUCAGUCAGAGUCAUCAGGGGAAGGGCAGAAAGCGGAAGAGAAUAGAAGCCAAGGUGAACUACAAAGAGUUGACAUCGGACCAGCUCGUCCUGCUUUUGGAGCUUUUGUUGGAGGAGCCGGAGCUCAGUGUGGCAUCGAUGCGCACUUUGCAGAAAACCUACAGUCUACAAACCCAUGAUGCUGAGGUGAGACAUCGUUGGUGUGAGCUGGUGGUCAAACACGCGUACGUUCAGGCUUAUGGAGAUGUGGAGCACUUCCUGGUUCAUGACCAAGCCAUGGGUGUGUACCUGUAUGGGGAGCUGAUGGUUCAGGAGGACCAGAAACAGCAGGCGCUGGCUCGCCGCUGCCUCCUGUCAGUCCAAGAAGAAAUGGACCAAUCGGCACGCAGAGUGGUGGAGGAGAUGGUCCUGUAAUGUCGGAGGUUUCCAGCUCUGUUUGUGGACGAGGUGGGUCCGGUUGCAGCGUUCUCCAACCACCAGAAGGCCGCGCUCCGCCUCUCCAGCCGCGUGAGGAGCAGCAGUUGUGUUGGUUGGAGACUCCGGCCGUAUGAAUCACAGACUGUUCACGAUGAGACGAUGUGAACAGCGUCGCUGGGGAGAAAAAGAAAAGCGACAUCACUUUUUUUCCCCAAAAAUGACAGGGACUACAAAGUGUAAAGGAGAAAUGUGUUAUGGGUGAAAACAACUGCAUCCCCGAGUCUGUUUAAGAACCUGAGCCGCGUGUCUCCGUUUCUGUUUAGUCUAAAGUCAGGAUCUGAAUCCGAAAGGUUUAGACUAGAAAUACUUUGAGGUGAGUAAUGUUCUUUAACUUCGAGCUGGUUUAUAAUGAAACUGGAAAAUAUACAGCCGACAUCCUUCAGGGCUUUUCUAUAUGAAUGAUGAAGUGUGAACAUGUAAACUUUUCUGUGUUGAAAACCUUUCAUAUGUCUGUGUAUAAAAAUAAACUGUGUUCUUAAAAUAA